CCUAGCUUUACGAAGGCGGGAUUGGAAGCUCCGGAACGCAUAACGAUGGGGAGUCUCCCAAACCGUAUAUUAUGGAACUUCAUAAGUGGAUCAGCAGUUUUAAGACCAGAGGAGGUCAUUGCCCGUGAACUGAACAAAAAUAAAGACCGCUUAUUCGCGGGACUCUCAGGCUUUGCCAAACAGAGGCAACCAGUUGGAGAACAAUUGUCUGUGGAGAAAAAACUUGAAGGCCGUAAACUGGAAUUUGUUCAGAAAUUAGCCAGAUUUCUGGGUUUGGAGGAACUACUUUGCUAUGAACUAUUUUUAUCUUUUUUGGCAUAUGAAUAUCGCAGCAGUAAAAAAGCUCUUCAGCAUGUCCUCAACAGCGACCGCCACUCACAAGUGCUCAUGUACCGUAUCCGGGACUUCUACUUCACAGAGAGGCUCUACAUACUCCGCUGCCUCAAGCAAAUCCUGAGCUUCGGGGUUGACUCCGAGCACCCGUACAAGAACGUGUAUGCUAACUUUUUGGGUGACCUUGUGGAGAAUCAUAGACUUAUUAACAGCAUACAGGAUCAGUAUGAGGAUGGCUGUGAUACUCCUCUUCCCACGUCCAGUACUUGUGGGAUUCUCAUGACCCAAAAUCAGCAGGCCAUAUGGGCAAGACAAAACUUAAUGGAGCAGUGUGAAUUGUUAGAACUGAUGCUCAUAUACUUCAAAGAUUAUGAGCCAGAUGUGAAAAGAUUCCUGUCUUUGUUUGAGAAGUUUAAGUUGAUGGGAUUUGCCAAGUAUCAAACAUACAAACGUAUUCUGGAUGAGACUACAGAAGACUUAGUGAAACGCUUAGGGUAUUUACAGGUGCUUGUUAUCUUGGAUUGUUUGGAUUUUGAAUUGGUGCAAAGAUGUCACAUGGAUGGAAGAUUUGAUGGCCACCCCCUGUUUAGAGAUAUGCAGACUUUUAAGAAACUGGACAAGUUGAUGUGUGACAUGGGUUCUCUGACAUUCCACGGCCCUCUGCUGCUCGGCUGGGUCGUUGUGCGACAGCUCCUGCUGGAGGAGGAAGAGGAUGUUGUUACCAAGAAAAUGGGAGCUAUGGCCCUUAAACUGAACUGCUUCAACUGUCUGUCAGAUCUCCUCAGCACUGAGCCUUUUAAUGGGACAUCGAUUGUAGCUUCUGUGUCAAACUACCUGGUGUACAUGGUGCUGUGUAGUGUACUGCGGGUGUUCCACGAGGACAGGCUGGGGGACAACAAGGUAAGCUUCUGUGUCAAACUACCUGGUGUACAUGCUUCUGUGUCAAACUACCUGGUAUACAUGGUGCUGUGUAGUGUACUGCGGGUGUUCCACGAGGACAGGCUGGGGGACAACAAGAGUGUAAACCAGGUGGUAGAAUUGGUGUUACAGAAGAAGUUUGUAUCUGAGGAUGUAUGGGAGAGAGGACUAGAGGACGGAUUAGGGCUUCUUUAUCACGGAGCGCUCAGCAAAUUCCCCAUGGAGUUCUCCUCUUUCCUUCAGUACAGCAUCGCCAUGGCAACAGCUGGGGAACAGAGUGCUAGGAAUGUACUGACACACUUACAGAAGUUACAAGUUUACACAGAGUAUCUAGACCGUAAUAGUAUGCAGGACUUAAGCAGCGUGGAUGAUCGUGAUGCUCUGUGGAGAUUAACCAGAAACAAAACGCCAUAUGGAACGGGUGGUCGUUACUCUCUGGUCAUCCCACAGAACACCAUCGGCAUGCUGUACAAGCCAGAAAAGGGCAGCCCCAUUAUUCAGUGGUCAUGGACUUACAAUGGCUGGAACUUGUUUAUGUGUGAGAUUGAUCUGUUGCUACAGCAACUCUCGCAUGGAGGAGGCAAUGUGUCCGUGAACCAGAUCACCAAGGUAACCCUUGUCGUUAAACUCCUCAAGGCGGUGCUGACCUCUGACCCAUCAUCUGUGGACCAAUUAGAAGGCAGCUACAGCUUGAUAUAUAAACUAAUUCAAAGAUGUGCCAGACUGAGUUCUCCCCCUUUAGAGCUACUCUCCAGUGCUUUGGAUUGCCUGGCUUGUGUCACGCAGAAAUACCCUUUGAAGGUAUGGCACGGGUUGAAGCAGACUGGGUUACUUCCCUUCCUCACUGAGAAUCUGGACAAUAUGGCUGAAGUACUCAGUGGUCAGGGCCUACAGCCUGGCCUAUACGGAUCUCAGCUGGCUAUUCAGGAAUGCUCCCAGGGCAGCUACCCCGUCACCCAGGCCUACCUCGCCUUCCUCGCCAAGAUGGUCAAGCCCCUUCGAAAAGAGAAACGUUCAGAAGAGAUGAUUGGCUCAGUGUUAUUCAUCCUGCGUCAAGUCUUCCCAGUGUUUCACAAGUGGCGUUACUAUGACAAAGGUCGAAGGGAGGUGAUAGGACAGAACUGCCUCGAUCUGUUUCAUGAAAUACUGGAUUUCAUGGCAGAAGAAAAAUCACAGAAAGGACAAGCCACAGAAAGCAAUAAGCCCACCUUACAAGCGGUAUGUGUACACUGUCUGCUGUACACUGAGGCUGGCAAGGCACUGCUAGAACUGGUCUCUGCUGGAGUGGACAACAUUGAUGUGGCUCUGUCUCAUCAGACCAGCACGUUUGAAGGCCCUGGCAUAGAGCUGAUCCACCUCACACAGUUAGCUUUCUCCGUCCUGAAUCGUCUCCUCCUCCUCAAGUCACCUGACCUUCCCAUGUCGCCUGUGGAGCACGCCCUAGCAUCUCAGCCCGCGGGGCAGCAGCACCGUCAUAUUGUGGUUACCAUGGCGCAGUACAUUUAUCACAGACAUGAUCCAAGAUUACCAACCAUAGCAACGCUACUUAUGAAACGAUUGGCUGUGAUAUCCCCCAUGUCAAUCCUGGCCUGCCUGGGCGAUGCAGCUGAACCAAUCAGAGACAUGUAUUUGUUGAGGUUACAGGCAGCCACUGAAGCUAUAAGGUUAAAAGUGUGUAUUCUGGAGUUACUGACAGUCUGUGUUGAAACGCAACCGGGCCUGAUUGAGCUCUUCCUGAACAUACAGCCCAAAUCAGCAUCGGAUGGCAAGAAGGACUUAGACCUGGGCAAGUUUAGCUGCCUGCAGACGGUACUCGAUUUGAUUGAAGAGAAAGGACAGGGUACGUACCAGUGCCCUCCGGUGCUACAGUGUGCCUGUCUCCAGUUCAUACACGCCCUGUGGACGGGUCAGAGAGAGACGGCCAUGACAGUUCUCAGGAGCAGAGCUUCCUUUUGGCCAAAUGUUGUCACGCCGCUUAUGAAAGAUUUUUCAAAAAAUGCCGACUUCUGUGAUGAUGUUGUUAUUUGCACAAUGAAGACGGGCGGGUUUGCUAUGAAGAUUUUAGCCCAAGAGUUUUACUCUGUCCCAAGAUCAAAGUUGGACAAAAGCCUGAACCAAGUGUUACAGAAUCUCAAUGAGAAGAAGAGACUUGGCCAUUGGUCAUCAGUCAUUCGUGAUGCAAUGGUUCAAGAAGGAACUGAGAGUACUGUCGUCACGGAGACCAUGGAGGACAACCCAACUUUAAAACUCUUGUCAUCAUGGAAAAAUUUCCUGAUAACACUGAUUGCUCAGAUGACUGAAGAGUUCCAGAUUGAUGAGACUUUGACAGAUCAGAUUUUGUCAGACUUAAUGACUGGCUUACAGGCUCAGUUUGCUGGAGAUUUGUCUCCUUUGAAUGUAAAACUGGCGUCUGUGUCAAGCGCCAUGUACUGCACACUGAUGAAGCCUUUGGGGAAGUCAGUAAAGAUGGUGUCCCAGGUACUGAAGGAGCUAGAGUUAGCCUUGCUGCAGACAUGCACAAAUUUCCAGAAUCUUCUUCCUUCAGUACAGAUAGGCCUGCUGGGAUCGGCUACAUCACUGGUACAGAGAGCGCGCAAAGAUGCAAAUGUGCAGGUAGCACCUGAUGUGCUGACCAGUUUGCUGGCUGUCCUAGCACCCCUUCUUCAGCAUAGCACCCGGCUGUGUGUGCCCAGUGCCCCAUCACAAGAUACCCCAAAGGAGGUGCCAAAUAAGACAACCAUGGAUGCCAAAAUAAAGCUUCAGGUCAUAGCCCUGUCCCUGAUGCAGGAGAUUAUUCAGAUGAUGGGAGAUUCUGACCAAUGGCUGCCCAUCUUACAACAGAACACGGUGAUCUCGUCUCUUCUGGUGUCCUUGCAAGCCUGGAUCCAGGCUAAACAGGGUGUACAGUACGUUCAGAGUGCACUGAUGUUGUUGUUUACCAUUGCUGCUAGUCCAAAGGGAGCUGAAUGUAUCCGAAUGAAUGGACUAACAGAGUACACAUGUUUGUCAAUUGUUGGAGCCUAUCAGAAUGAAGAGGUCCUCUCACAGAUAUCAAAUUUCAGUCGGGUGGGUGAUGAGACCCACGUGGGUGGGGAGGAGGUAUCGUGGGUGGGGGUGUACUGCCUGUGUAUUGACCUCUACACCUCCAUGUUGGCUACACUCCGAUACUCCUUCCUCAAGGAUGCGCUGGAUUUCGUCGGAGUUCAUCAAGAUAGGUUACAACAGGCAUUGGAAAUUUCCAGAACCACGCUUCAUGCAAAAGUCUGGAGAGAAGCCAAGAAAACCUGCACAUUCAUUUUCCAGUUGUCAAAUUUUUCUCGAGAAUGGAGACUUGAAUUGCCAAAAGUUUUGGACAGGCUUUUGACUAGCAUGAGUUACAUGUUCCAGAGUUUUACAGCACUUCUCAUUCGUCCACGAUAUCUACAGCAUUUAUUAGAGCGUCAAUCACGUGGCAAUGGGUGGAGCAAGGGGAGUGACAAGCCUUGGUCCCGCCCCCAGUCACUACAGACCCAGGCUUCCACGGAUGACCUUGAUAACCCUUCACCUCAGCUUAGGCCUGUUCAAGAACUGAUGUUGGAGAUUUUGGCAGCCGGACUCUCUACUUUGCGUCAUUUUACGCCAGGCCUCUGUGAAAUCAUGCUCGAUCUGAGCAUGGACAUUAGUGAGUACCCACCAUUCUUGGGCCUCAGUUUCAGCACACCGUCUGGAGAUCAGGAUUGUGCACCCACCUUCGGGACCCUCUUGGCAGGUGUCACAGCCUGUGUCAGCAUGCUGAUGAAGAUGGAGCCACGUGUGGGAUCUCCACAAAAGUCACCGGCUGUUGAUCAUAGCCAUGGAAACUACCCGUCAAAAAACCUUGUACAGUUUGUGAUGGAGAACAACCUCUAUCUAGUCCUGUCUCAAGCCUGUCGCUAUUUGAAGGAGCCAGAAUUAGCUGCGCGAGAUAAACAACUGCUGAAGAGAGAACUGAGCACAGAAUUGAACUGUUUCCUGACGAGUUACCAUAGGUACCUGAAACGAGGUAGUCCCCCGUCCCCAGGGGGGUCUAGUCUUGUUAGUCCCGGAGGUACAGCGCCCUCUAGGAGUGGAGUUAGUGUCAGUCGCUCAAUGUCCAGUUCAACAUUCACCAUGGCGCAAGACCAAGCCUUCUGCAAACUUGUGGAAGCAUUCGUGCGGAAAGUUCUGGGCUGAACUAGAAUCCAUCAAGCUACGUGUGUUAUGAAUGAAGGGUCCUGUUCUGAGAAAAAUUCCUUAGCAUAUGGAAGAGAAAAAAACUCAGCACAGUUGAUCAGUUUGAUCUGUGAUUAUCAGUUUCAUAAUCACUUGGAUUGUUCGCUCAGUAUUUGUCAUAAACCUUCUGCAGACUUAUGAAGGCAUUCAAGCGGGACGUUCAGGGAAGAGCCCUGUGGAACAACAUUUACCAGUAAAGGUGCAAGUUUUGCAAAAAAUUACCCUAUUGAUUGACCUUCUGAUCUGUGACGAUCAAGUUAAUGAUCCUUUGGAUUAUUCAUUUAGAUGACAUUACAGUCAUAAACGUUCAGCAAACUUGUGGAAACAUUUGUGCGGGAAGUGUUUGACUGAAGUUGAGGAAUCUUCCAAACCAGCUGUUUUACCAGUAAAGACACAAGUGGAUGGAUACCUGAAGCAAGGUAGCACCCAGGAGGGGUCUAAUCUUGUCAGUCUUGGGGUCACAUGGUCAUGCCAUUCUACAGUGACAAUGUGGUGGCAUUGCUGCU